AUGAGAAAGCAGCUGUCCACCACUUUCUCCGCGCUGGACGAGAUCACCUCGACCAGCCUGGAUCCCACUCCCUCGCUCGGCUCCGUCCUCCUGCGGGGCGACCAGUCGCGCAUGGUCGAGUCCCUCCUCUCCCGCCUCGCAACUAAUCCAUCCUCCUCGGCUUCAUCAUCUUCUGCCGCCACAUCCCACCACCAUGCCGCGCCUCCCGCGCCUCACUCCUACUCUGACUUAGCGACCACGACCGGUCCACCUCGCCCCACGCCAGUGCCUCCACAGCUACAGUGGGCUCCAGCGGCCGCCAUCUGCUACCCCUACCGCUCGCCACCGCCACAGCCGCACUACUACCCGGCCCCGCAACAAUACCACUACCUCCCCCCCAACGCAGCACUGCCGCCUCUACAACACCACCACCAGCAACCGGCGCACAUCAUCAUCCUCAUCAUCAUCAUCCGCAGCCUCAGCCACCUCAAGCACCGUCGUGGUUCAUUCCGUCUGAGCCCCCGCCGGCCCACCAGGCCGUCAUCUCGUCGCACGUACCGCUAUUCGUCGAUGGGAAUAUGGCGCCCAACCGACGCCAGCAUGGCCGCCAGCGUCGUGGGCGGCACGUCGUCGUCGUCGUCGCCAUCUUCGCCCUUCACCUCAUCGCCCUUCACCUCCUCCACGUCGUCGCUCCAUGUCUUCUCCCCCGGCCGGUCCUCCUCGCUGGAGAACGUGGGCGACCUGGGCAGCAUCGACGACUCGUCGGCCGUCGUCGCCAGCUUCCUCGCCGGUGACGCCAGCGACGAUGACGGACGUGGUCCGUCGCCCGCGGGCACGCCGGCCGUGCGCGAGGAGAAGCGAAGGCGGCUCGAGAGCGGCGAACGCUCCACCAGCCCGAUCAGCAGCGGGCUAGGCCUCGGCCUGGCUGCUCCCUACGCGGGUUGCAUCACCCACGGCCACGGCGAGACCGGCAAGCGGAAGACGAGCGACCACAAGCAGCUGCAGAACGCGGCGAACGACUGGUUCGGCAUGACCGACUCGCCCGAUUCGGCCUUCUUCACCGGCUCGACGUCGUCGCUGCCCCUGCAGCUCUUCGGCGCCACCUCGUCGUUCUCGCUGUCGCCGCCCUCCUCCGGCGCCGCAGUCUCGUCGCUCCCUUCGCCCUCGUCUCCCCCGCAGCACUGCUUACCCACAUACGGCGACUCGGCCGGCUCUCGCGAUCCGACGUCGCCGUAUGUGGCGCCCUCGUCUCUCUUCCUUCAUCACCCUUGUGACAGGAUCGAGGCGGCCGAGGCUGGGCCUACCGAGGAAGGAUGGCCGUCAACGAACGAGGACGCUGGGACUCGGUCGUGUGCGUCGGUCCGCCCGGUGCUCGAUGGUGGCCGGCCUCCAGCUGCCUCCUCUCCAUAG